ACAUAAAAGCAACCCAUAAAGGGCCAAAGUGCCAAACCCCCUUUAAGAAUAGCCAAUACUCUUAUGCAUCAAAACCCACCAGACCAUUCCUUACUUCCCCUGUUUUCUGAACAAACCAAUUUCUAGAAACUCCCAAGGAAAAAUCCUGCAACACAAAAACCAUUCACCAAUCAUGUGAACUCUCAACCAGAAAACAUAUUUCGUUUCACAUCCCCGAAUGGCUUUACUCACAAAACCCUUUUCUCUCCUUUCUCUUUCUCUGCUUUUCUUAUUAUCACUGAUGGUUUUUUGUCAUCCUACAACUGCUGCAGACACCACCACCACCUUGAUUUUCAAAGGAUGUGCAUCCCAAAAAUUUCAAGACUCGUCACAGGUUUACUCUCAAAACCUGAAAACACUCUUGUCCUCUUUGGUUUCACAAUCAUCACAACAAACUUUUGCCACCACAACUUCUGGUGACGGCCAAAAUGCCAUCAUGGGACUCUACCAAUGCAGAGGCGACCUCGCUGUCACUGAGUGCAACACUUGUGUGAGCAAAAUCUCAGACAUGGUUGACAAACUCUGUGGAAAAUCCAUAGCAGCUCGGAUUCAACUCAGCGGGUGUUAUCUUAGGUACGAAAUCAUUGGGUUCAAGCAAGUGUCUGAGACCGAGUUGAUCUACAAGGUAUGUGGGUCAACUCAGGCGAGUGGAACUGGGUUUGAGAACAAAAGAGACAUGGCCUUCAGUGUGUUAACGAAUGGGGUAAAAAAUAGUGGGUCGUUUUACACUGGGAAAUAUGAAGAAGUUUAUGUUUUAGGGCAGUGUGAAGGUGAUUUGGCAAGUAAUGAUUGUGGGGAUUGUGUGAAGAGUGCUGUAGAAAGAGCUAAAGAUGACUGUGGAAAGUCGAUUGCAGUGCAGAUUUAUCUCCAUAAAUGUUACAUUAGUUAUAGCUACUACCCAAAUGGUGUGCCUAACACUUCAUCAUCACCAUUAACAGCAGGUGGAGGGACCAGGCAGCAUACACAGAAGACGGUGGCGAUUGCAGUGGGAGGAAUAGCAGUGUUGGGGUUCGGAGUUGUUCUUUUGAUGUUCGUUUGGUCGGCGGUGAAGAAACGUGGUGGUAAGCAAUAUGAAUGAGAGGAGAUUCAAUCAGGGCACAUGGUUUCCUACAACUUAAAAGUUCCUAGUAUGAGAUUGUACAGUUGAAAAUUAUAUG